AAAGACACGAUUAAAGCAGGAAACUGGCCUCCUUCACAAGCACUCUGAUGUUGUGACACAAGAAGUCUGUGUUUGUACCAGCGGCAGAGCAGCAUGGACAUAACAACGCUCUGCGCCGUCGUCGCCGCUCUGAGAGUCCUUCCCAACAGGUCCCAGUUCUUUCAGUACGAGUCUGUCUCUCUGAGCUGUGGGCAGCAGGGGAGCGCUUCAGACUGGAGGGUUAAGAAGAACACAUCCACACACAUGAACAAAGACUGUUCCACAUCCAGGGAUGGAAUACACGAAUCCAGCUGCUUCAUCGAUGCCCUUUACCCAUCAGACACUGGAGUGUACUGGUGUGAGUCUGCAGAGGGGGGGUGCAGCGACGCCGCCAGCAUCACUGUGACCGGUGGCUCGGUGAUCCUGGAGAGUCCGGUCCUUCCUGUGAUGGAGGGGGACGCUGUGACUCUGCGCUGUACAAACAGGAAGUCUUCCUCCUCCAGUCCCACAGCAGAUUUCUACAAAGACGGGCUUCUCAUCAGGAGCAGCUCCACAGGAAACAUGACCAUCCACAGUGUUUCUGAGUCUGAUGAAGGACUCUACAUGUGUAACAUCUCUGGAGCUGGACAGUCACCAGACAGCUGGCUGGAGGUCAGAGGUGGGGUAACAGUUUCUCAGUCAGGGCGUCCUGAUCCGUCUAACUCCCCCGCCACACACGUUGUGCUUCCUGUGGUGGUCGCGUGCCUCUCGCUGGUCUCGCUGAUGCUGCUGUGCCUGUGGAGGAGCCACAAAGGUAAAGCGGACCCUGAUGUCUCGUACACUGACGUUAUCAUCACACAGGAAGUGCAGCCACAGAGGGUCAGAGAUGCGGAAGCUGCGCCGACCUUCUACUCAACCGUGAAGCCAGGAAACACCUGACAGGAAGCCAGCGUUGACAUGGACAGAAGACACAGCUGAUAAAGUUCAGGUCAGAAAGUGACCACCUGUUCACCUGGAAGAGACGUCCAGUCAAGAAUGAAGCCAUUAAUUCUCAUGUGUGUUAAUAAAAG